AUGAAGCUUUUAUCUCUUAUCUCAGACCACUUGUUGCUCUGUGUCUCCCUGAGUCUACUCUGGGGUACAACUGACUCCACUACAACAGCAAAAACAGAAACAACCACAAGACUAACAACCAAUCUGCUGACAACUACAACACGAAAAUCCACUUCACUGGCUCAAAAAAAAGAAAGUUCCACUCCAGAUAAUGUUGACAGAGUGGAUGUGACCACACAAAAUGAGAAUAGUAUAACUCUGACGUGGAACAAGGUUAACAACAUCCCAACAUACAUCCUGCAAUAUGAUAAUAUACCAGAAGAUAUUAAUAAAGCUGAAGAAGGACCCAUAGUACAUGUGGUCACUUCUCUGACUGCUGGGACAAACUACACAUUCACUCUCUUCACCACGUCUGAUGGACUCAACAGCAGUGGACACACAUUCAGUGCUGUGACAGCUCCUCGUAAUGCUGAAGAAUUCAAGUCCAUUGGUCAAAAUGAGACCAGUAUAAAGCUGCAAUGGAAAACAGUCCCCAACAGUGACAGCUUUAUUCUUUUGUUUAAUGAAGGAGAGAUCAACAUUAAGAAUUCUAUAAAAGAAUACACAGUCUCAGAUUUGACUGAUGGAACCAGAUACACUUUCACUCUUUUCACUGUGUUUGGAAAUGUCAGAAGCAGUGGAGUAAACUGCAUCGCAGUCACUGCUCCACAAAGUGUUAAUAAUGUGACUGUGGUGCAUCAAAAUGAGAUGAGUAUACCACUGGAGUGGGACAAGGUUAAAAACAUCCCAGAAUACAUCCUACAGAAUAAUAACAUAAACAUUUCUCCUCGUAAUGCUGACAAAUUUAAGAAAAAUGGACAAAAUGAGACCAGCAUAACUCUGGGGUGGAAAACAGUCCCCAACAUCGACAAUUAUAUUCUUGCGUUUAAUGAAAGAGAGAUCAACAUUAGUAAUUCUGAAAAAGAAUACAGAGUUAUAACUCUGACCUGGAACAAGGUUAACAACACCUCAACAUACAUCCUGCAAUAUGAUAAUAUAACAGAAAAGAUUAAUAAAACUGAAGAAGGACCCAUAGUACAUGUGGUCACUUCUCUGACUGCUGGGACAAACUACACAUUCACUCUCCUCACCACGUCUGAUGGAGUCAACAGUAGUGGAUACACAUUCAGUGCAGUGACAGCUCCUCGUAAUGCUGAAGAAUUCAAGGCCAUUGGUCAAAAUGAGACCAGCAUAAAGCUGCAAUGGAAAACAGUCUCCAACAGCAACAAUUAUCUACUUGUGUUUAAUGAAAAAAAGAUCAACAUUAAGAAUUCUACAGAAGAAUACACAGUCUCAAAUUUGACCGAUGGAACCAGAUACACUUUCACUCUCUUCACUGUGUUUGGAAAUGUCAGAAGCAGUGGAGUAAACUGCACCGCAGUCACUGCUCCACAACGUGUUAAUAAUGUGAAUGUGGUGCAUCAAAAUGAGACCAGCAUAACACUGGAGUGGGAAAAGGUUAAAAACAUCCCAGAAUACAUCCUACAGUAUAAUAACAGCACUGACAUGGAGAAGAAUAUCAGUGCUUCUCAAGAGGGACCCAUUAAAUAUGAGGUGUCUCCUCUGACUGCUAUGACAAAGUACAACUUCACUCUCAUCACUGUGUUUGAGGGAGUCAGCAGCACUGGAUACUCUUUUACUGCUGUGACAGCUCCAGAAAAUGUCCACAAUAUGACUGUGACACAAAAUGAGAGCAGUAUAACUCUGAUGUGGGAGAAGGUUAAUGACAUGCUAACUUACAUCCUAGAAUAUGAUAGCGAUAAUAUUGUUAUUGGCAAGAAUGACAUGGGCGGAUGCACGACAUCAGGUGCAUCAGUUACAUGUGUGGUCUCUUCUCUGACUGCUGGGACAAACUACAGUUUUACCCUCUUUACUGUGUUUGAGAAUGUCAACAGCUCUGGAUACAACUUUAGUGCACCGACAGUUCCAAAAGUGGUGCCUUGGGUCAGUGUGACUGAACGAUUUGUUAACAGCAUAGCUCUAGAGUGGGAGAACAUGAAUAAAGCCUGGCAAUACAAGCUUCAAAUCAAUGGUGAUGUGUCAGAUAGUGUGUCAGACGUCUCCUCAGAUACUAUCAGAAAAGUAGUGACAUCUCUUCAGCCUGGAACACAGUAUGAUUUCAGCUUAACCACAGUGUUCGCUGGACUCAGGAGCACUCCUUAUACGAAUUUCACAGUAACAGCCAUCGACUGUGCCAGUGCAGACUGGAAAGUUACCAAUUCAUCAAUCAAAGCAAAGAUUGAAGGCUUGUUUUCGAACGCAAGCGCCUAUAAUGGAUCUAACGUUCAUGUCAGUGAUGGACAAGAAAAUGUGUCGUUUACUGGACUUUACCCUGGUGCCACCUAUAAUAUCUCUCUUGUCUAUGAAAAGUCUUCCAGAGUUUUCCUGCAGUGUGAACACAAAUUAACAAUUCUUCCUCCUAAUCUAAAUGCUCACUGUGAGUACUGGGCAGCUGGAUACUCUGUUCUUAUUAAAUGGACAGCCCCAGAGGGCGAGUGGACUAAUGCGGAGGUGAAUGUGGCUGGAACGACUCACACAGUAGUUAGUCCUGAAACUGAGAUCAUAAUCGAUGGAUUCCAACCUGCCAAAAAAUAUAAUGUUUCUGUAACUUCACUGUCUGGGGUGAGGAGUUCUGAACCGCAUGUUUUUUACUGUCAGACUGAUCCAAGGGGAGUUAUUGCAGGGUCAGUAUUUGGUGUGCUUCUUUUUUGUCUCCUGGUCGCUCUGGUUGUCUUCAUUUUCCUCAAAAGACCAGAUAUUAUUAGCAGAAAGAAGUCUUCAUUCAUUAGUGGAUCCAAAGUAUCUAACACACAGAGCAAAUCUAUCCCUGCUGCAAAGUUUCCGGACCACUUCCAUCAGCUGAGUUUGGAUGAGAACAGAGGAUUCAGUGAGGAAUAUGAGUGCCUCGCUCCUGUUGGAACAGACCAGACACGAAAGACUGCUAUUCUACCUGAAAACAAAACGAAGAAUCGUUUCAAUAACGUCUUGCCAUAUGACUGGUGUCGUGUGAAGCUAACUACAUCAGAUCCUGAUGGAAUUUCAGACUAUAUCAAUGCCAAUUACAUGCCGGGCUACAGCAGUAACAGAGAGUACAUUGCCACUCAGGGCCCUCUGCCCUCUACUGUUAAUGACUUCUGGAGAAUGAUUUGGGAACAAAGAGUUAAGAGGAUCGUUAUGGUAACCAACUGCAUUGAAGGAGGGCGGACCAAGUGUGAACAAUACUGGCCUACAGACAGCAAGUCAUGCCUUUAUGGAGAGCUGUUAGUCACCAUGAGAUCUGAGCAACAGGAGACCAACUGGACGCUGAGAGAAUUCAACCUGAAAGAUAGAAAAACCGCAGAAGAACGGACAGUUAAACAUUUCCACUUUACUGCCUGGCCUGAUCAUGGAGUCCCAGAGUGCACAGAGGUCCUGAUCCAGUUCAGAGGACUGGUGAGACAGCACAUAGAGAGAGAAGGGGGCAAAGCACCAACUGUGGUUCACUGCAGUGCUGGAGUCGGGAGAACUGGCACUAUCAUUUCCCUGGAUGUGCUGCUUCAGCAGCUGGAGAAAGAACAAGCAGUCGGCAUCAAUGCCUUCGUACACAAGAUGAGACUGAACCGACCGUACAUGGUGCAGACGGAGUCUCAGUACGUUUUUCUGCACCAGUGCAUCAUGGACAGUCUGCAACCAAAAGAUACGAAUGAAGAGAACAUUUAUGAGAACACGUAUGAGAACGCAGAUAUGAUAUACGUCAAUGCCACUGCCCUCCAAGAGCUCCGUCGACAAAACGCAAAUGCGUAGUGUCAACCCUGCACUCAAUCUUUUAUGCACUUAAUGAAAAACUAUUUGUCUAUAAGCAAUAUGUUGGUUUUAAACGUAAUAAUACAAACUAUUACAUCUUAACUAUUUCUGUAUAUGCAUUGCACACUUCAGAUCUUAUUCAGUUUGCAUCUCUUCUAAAUAUGUAAUAUUAUUAUUUUUGUUGUCAUUGUUUUUGUGUGAGAAAAUAGCACUCUGAUGACUUGAAAAUGUUUAAAAAAUGAAUUUAUUAAAAUAAGUAGAAAACAAA